GUGAAAUAAGUAAGAUCUCGAAGCUUUCUCCAGGUUCGUCAGGAAGCUGGGGGUGGUGAGGCGCGUACUCACCGCCUGCACACAAAACAAAAAGCCUGCACGUGCACAAGACAUCGGGACAUCUUCACCGCUACCGAAACCGCCUCGACCCCAACCGGCAGUAUCGCAAUUCACGGCUACCACCCCUCAUUGCUUGGAAUGUUGGAACUAUGGGCCGCAAACCCAAUCAAUUGAUCCUCGAGUUCUUUGAACGCGGCCCCAAGCUCGAAGACGCCAGCAAUCGCUACCAGCACACGUGCAAGUCUUGCGGUGAAAAGUUCCCUAAGGGUCGUAUAGAUAGCUUGACAAACCACCUCGUCAAGAAAUGCCCUGCGCUCCCAGUCCGAGACCGCCAGCGGGCGAUUCUGCAGUUCCAUGAGCUUCCCGAUCUCCCUGACGGCGUCCCACAAAUGGCCACCACCUCGGGACAGUCGCAAAACACAAUGAAUCUCCCCUUUGCACCGAAGCCGCAAAUGUCGGCCCUGGAGACGCUCGCCGAGGUCUCGCGCCAGCAUCUGGAUCUGUCGGGGAAGCGCAUAGCUGGGAAGCAGAGACGGAAGACACCACCACCGUCAAACAAUGGACCAAACUUUGGCUCAUUGGAUGAGUUUAUAAUACACGACGACAGGCCAGAUACGCUCGAAUCGGGCGGCGCUGGGUCUCAGAGUUUUGAUUCAGGAAAUACCCCCGCGCUUCCCUCAAUUUACCAAUUCAACGGGCCUCUUCAGCACUCCCCUACUGGCUCUCCCCACCUUGGUAGUCUCCCUCUGUCCAACUCGGGCUCAAUGCCACAGAUGGUCCCCUCAAACCUCGUAAUGGCAGCCUCUGCUGCGAAUGAGCUCCAAAAUAUGAUGCCAUUGACCAACAAUUUGAUGGAGCCAGAAUUGAACCUGUCAAAUACAGGCAUAUCGGACAAGUUCUUCCAUAACCACGGACGCCAGCAAUGGCCAAACAUGUCCACCAAUCCAAUUGACCCAAUGCUACACGACCACAUGAGGGAGCAGACACUACCCAAGGAUGACGGCAUGAACAAGCCAGUAUCUCAUCCACGACCAAUUGCAAUGAAUCCUAACGGCACCCAAACACACUUUACGACAGACUUCAGCAUGAACCAGAAGCCAGCGAAGCCGAAGGUGCGGGGACGCUUCUCUGAUUCCAGGCGAAAAGAGGUACAGGAGGUGCGGAAAAGAGGCGCAUGCAUUCGGUGUCGCAUGUUGAAGAAACCAUGUUCAGGAGAGAGUCCAUGCAGUACUUGCGUUAAUGUCGAGAGUGCCCGCUUGUGGAAACAGCCCUGUAUACGGACUCGAAUAGCCGAGGAAUUUAAUCUCUACUCUGCGGGCUUGCACGGAGUUCUGGCGUUCCAUGCUGUAAGCCAGGCAAGAGGGCAAGUCCAUCUCGAUCAAAUCCCAGGACGGAUAGAGGCGACCCACCACCUUCAAUCUGGGACAUUUGCGACCUUUACGCCCUUAAAGUGCCAAACCCAAGUGGCCCGCGCUGCUGAUAUUGAUCCUGCCAUCCUUGCCACUCUUUCUCCUACAACUCUCGAAAUCAUCGACUCUGAUAGCGACGACAUCGGUGGAAAGCUAGACCUUUACAUCAAAAAACUAACACCCGCAUUCUACGAAUCCGAAGACUCGGCAUUCAUGAAAACAACACUAGGAGUAGCCUUUAGCAUCAUCUCCCCCAACCAAGACGAUCUCCUCAGCCGAGCAUUAGAGCUCUGGAUAUCUACCCGUAUUCUCACAUCCCGCAACCUCGAAUGCCACCUUUUCUCCAAUCCCUCCCUCGCGCCUGCCAUGGCCCCGGCAAUGAUGUCACCAUCGGAUCUCGAAAAUGGUCACCGCAACCCGAUAACCCCCACCAACAACUCCUCGUCAUACGACCUCAUCAAAAUGCAACUUAUGGGCGCUAUUGAAAAGCGAGCAGCGAGUCUGAGUCGAGUCGUUAUGAACGAUCUCGAGCGACGACUAUUACAAAGACAGCAAGCUAAUCCUUUCGAAACGUUCCUGGUUGCUGUAAUCUUACUCGCUUGCGUCGAGCGAAUGUGCUGGCUCUUCCGGACUUGGGAGGAAACUCAGAACCAGAGUCAGAAUCAGAAUCAGAAUCAGCUCCACAGUAUUUCGGUCGUGCCUCAGCAUCAAGCAGACGUAGACCUCGCAUCAGCGCUACAGCCGCCACUGGAUUCCGUCCCCCAAUCCCAACAUCUACGACAUCCGAAGUGGCCAUUCGACAAACCGCCUGCGUAUUACUCACAACAAGGCGAACGCUUCUCUGAUAUCUUAUACAUGCUCCUCAAAAUGCGGGGUGUGCCUCCUAAACCAGUCCCCAGGAGCGAGGACGGCAUGUUAGUCGUUUGGGGCGAGGAUACGGAUGAGAAGGUCAGAGAAUGGUAUGAAGGGAUCAAGGUCAGCCAGGAUUUACUGGCUACGAGGGCGAGCGCAAGGUUUGAGGGGAAUGAUCCCCGGGAGUGGGAGUUAAAGUGGGCGGGGAAGAUAAUAGGAGGAUGAGUGGGAUUCAAGUGACCGGAGGUUUUUGGUUCUGACAACAAGGCAAUUUGUUUUCACGAUUGCAUGGGAAUAGAGGUGAUAUGGAAGCAGGAUUGAUCCUGUUGUUGUUGUUGUUGUUGUUGUUGCAAAAUUGGGUGCCAAUUCAUGAUUUCAUGACUAUUGCUAUGAACAAACAAUACCAAAAGAUAUCGAGCUUGGGGGCUGG